AUGUCAGAUGAUAAGAUAUGCAAAAGAGUAUCGAGAAGCUUCAUUUCCACUCUUUGUUUUUUUUGUUCAAUAUCUGUGCCAACAAGAUGCUGGUUGACUGAAGAUCAUUGCAUAACUUCUUUUACCAGCAACGGUGCAACAUACGUAGUAGAUAAAACCAAUGCAAUGAUAAGAGAUCAUCUUGAUAGUCCUUACACAAGCAGUACUGUUAGCAUAAUUUUACGUCAUGAUAAUUUGAAGGUUUUUGAAGCUGUUUAUAAAACUGAAAUAAAUUUCUAG